AAAAGAUGGUGUUAUUGAACCUGGAAUUGAAUUCAGACCCAUUAAAAGAUUGGAAGUUGCAAUCAGAUUGGUACUCUCCAACUCGCCUUCACAACAGUCCUGUUGUUUACGAUUUCCCGGGCGAUCGGUUUAUACCCAACAGGAGUUUGAUGGAUCUUGAUCAAGCCUGCAGCCUGUUGACCAACAGAACCAAUUAUCCCACCAAAUGCAAUUUCGGUGCAAAAUACCGAAAAAUAAUGGAGGAAAAUCUGACUUUAGAUAGUGAAGGAAGACCCUUUAGAAUGCUUGCUUUUAGAGGAAGUCCGAAAUUCAGUAGAAAGUCAAUUCGAUAUAUUGAUGAGCUUCGUCGUAGUGAUGAAGAAAAUUUGAACAACAUAAGUGAGCAUCCAAUCCAACAAAGAAAAUUUCAGCGGAGAGAAACCAGAAUACUAGAUGCACCACUUCUCCAAGACGAUUUCUAUAUGAAUGUAAUGGAUUGGGGGAAGAACAACAUUCUUGCGAUUGGACUGGGACGAGAUGUGUACUUAUGGAAUGCUACGAAUAGAAGCAUACAUCAUAUAUAUAAAUCGGAUCACGUGAAUGACCAUCCUUCUAGUAUUUCAUGGUCUCAAGACAGCAAAAUGCUGGCGGUGGGUCAUGCACGCUCAGAGAUCGAUAUAUGGGACGCACACGCAUCCAAAAUUAUCAAAACACUAAAAGGUCAUACCAAAAUGGUAGGAGCAACUUCAUGGAAUGGUCACAUAUUAACAUCAGGCAGUAGAAAAGCCAUUUUGAAUCAUGAUGUUCGGGCUAGAAACACUUUGGUAUCAUCUGUAAAGGCGCACAGAAGUACAGUGUGUGGCUUGAAAUGGUCAAUGAAUGGUAACUUACUGGCUAGUGGCGGUGAUGAUAAUGUUGUAUACAUAUGGGAAGCGUCACAGAUGAACUCAGCCAGGUUCGUGCACCGGUUUACAAACCAUGUUGCUGCAGUGAAGGCUUUAGCUUGGUGCCCUUAUAAUUAUGAAGUGCUGGCCUCUGGUGGUGGUUCACAAGAUGGGUGCAUUAAGUUAUGGAACACUCAAAAAGGGACUUGUAUUACUAGUGUCAACACAGAAGCACAGAUUUGUGGGCUAGAAUGGAACAGACAUUAUAAGGAGAUAGCAAGUGCACAUGGGUAUAGCUUCAAUCAUGAACGUAAGAACGCACUGUCACUGUGGAGGUACCCUUCAAUGGUUAAAGUGGGUGACAUAAGGAGCCACCAGUCUCGAGUUUUGCAGCUGUCUCAGAACCCUGAUGGGUUGACAUUGGUGUCGGCUGGUGCUGAUGAAACACUUCGGUUUUGGGAGUUUUUCGGGCCACCGCCACCAGCUAAGAGGCCAUGCAGUGUCCUGUCGUUAAAGGCACUCCAUAUAAGAUAGAUGAAAAAUAGAUGAUCCGUGCAAUAUCUUAGCGUAGCAUUAACAGUCCUGAUGUAUGAAGUAAGAACAUUAGAGAUGCAUUUGUUAAUAUCUUGUAGUAUACCUUGAAUGUUAUGGAUUAAUUGGCCAAAUAAACAUAAGAGGAUUGAACGGUUAUAUUUCAAAGUAAACUCUGACUUUUCAUUAAAAUGUUGUAUAAGAAUAUUGGAAAAUGGAAU